UUUAUUUCAAAAGGUAUUGGACUGGAUGACAUGUUCAUCCUGAUCUCCUGCUGGCAGAGGACCCGCGUUCUGGACAACGUUUGCGACAGGCUGGCUGACACCUACAGAGAAGCUGCUGUCUCCAUCUCCAUCACCACCCUGACCGAUGCUCUGGCUCUCUUCCUGGGCUACAGCUCACCCUUUGGCUCGGUCCGGUCCUUCUGCCUCUACGCUGGUGUCUCCGUUUGCUUCUGCUAUUUCUACAGCAUCACUUUCCUGGGAGCAUGUAUGGCUCUGAAUGGACAGAGGGAAGCAGAGAACAAGCACUGGUUCACCUGUGCUAAAACCCCAGAGGACGUACCAUCCAGCAAUUCCAAAGUCUUCAGUAUGUGCUGUGUUGGGGGACGCUACAAUCGAAUCACUGGCAAGGAGGAAACCGAGGCCAUGAGUUAUAUUUUUGAGCGGUUCUAUGGUCCAUUUUUGACCCACAAACUUACAAAAGCAUGUGUGUUUGUCAUGUACGCAGGUUAUCUGGCUGUUAGCAUCUAUGGAUGUUGUAUCUUGAAGGAAGGACUCGACAUCAAGAAUCUGGCUGUGGAUGACUCCUACAUUAUUGAUUACUACAACCACCAAAGGCAGCACUUCUCUGAAUAUAGCUGCAAUGUGAUGGUGGCAGUGAAGCAACCAUUCUCCUACUGGGCCAACGAUGAACAUCUGCGUUCAGGUUUUGAAAGUUUGAGCUUUGUCAAUAGCACCUUUGCUUGGUUUGUCUCCUAUAAAAACUAUGCUAAUGCCUCUAAUCUCAACAUAAGCUCUCGAGAGGCCUUCUACACCCAUCUGCCACAUUUCUUAGAACUCAACCCUAUGUUUAGACAAGACAUCAAUCUGACUGUAGACGGUGACAUCCAGGCUUCUCGCUUUUUCCUCCAGACGCUAAACAAAACUACGACGAAAGACAUGAUGAUUGGACUCAGGAAAACAGCAGAGGAAUGUCCAGUGGAGCUUCUGGUGUUCCACCCUGCCUUCAUCUACUUCGACCAGUACACCGUCAUCACAGAAAACACCGUCCAAACCAUCCUUGUCGCUGUGGUCGUAAUGCUUGUUGUGUCACUCGUCCUGAUACCAAAUCCUCUCUGUUCUGCAUGUGUGGCUUUUGCAGUUUGUUCAGUCAUCACUGGUGUUACAGGAUUCAUGUCGCUGUGGGGCGUAAAUCUGGACUCCAUCUCCAUGAUCAACCUGGUCAUGUGCAUUGGGUUCUCUGUAGAUUUCUCAGCACAUAUUUCUUACUCUUUCAUCUCCAGCGCAAAGAGUGACGCCAAUGAGAAAGCUAUGCAUGCUUUGGCCCAUUUGGGGAAUCCAAUCGUGCAAGGAGCUUUGUCCACCAUUUUAGGAGUGGUGGUGCUGUCUGCGUCUGGGAGUUACAUCUUCAGGACGUUCUUCAAGAUUGUGUUUCUUGUGAUUGUGUUUGGGCUGCUGCAUGGUUUGGUGUUUAUUCCAGUGUUUUUGACAGUGCUCACGGUCCAUUGGAAGUCCUGUUAAAGUUGAGGAAGUGGAGCUACACUGGAUCUAAAACUGUGGGAACAGUGUCUUUAUGUUCAGAUUUGUUUGGGUUCUAAGUCAGAAUUAAGCAUCUUAAUUUAAGGUGUG